UUGCAGGUGCGCGGCAUACUUAACAAACUCACGCCGGAGAAAUUCCAAAAACUGAGCGAUGAUCUACUCGCAUUGGAAUUGGAUUCGGACAAGGUGCUGAAGGGGGUGAUCCUUCUAAUAUUCGACAAGGCACUUGAUGAACCUAAGUACUCGUCGAUGUACGCUCAGCUGUGCAAGCGGCUCAGCGAAGAGGCGCCCAACUUUGAGCCGCCCGGCUCUCCCUGUACUUUCAAGCUGCUCCUACUCAACAAAUGUCGCACCGAAUUCGAAAAUCGCGCCCAGGCAUUCGCGGCCUUCGAAGAUAAGGCGCUCACUCCUGAGGAAGAGGAGAAACGGCAUUUAGCCAAGUGUAAAAUGCUCGGUAACAUCAAAUUCAUCGGCGAACUGGGCAAGUUGGAGAUCCUCGCAGAGUCGAUCCUUCACCGUUGCAUCCAGAACCUGCUGGCUCGCCGCGCCGCCGCCGAGCACCAUGAAGACCUGGAGUGUCUGGCGCAGCUGGUGCGGACGUGCGGCCGCGUGCUCGACUCGGAGCGAGGCCGCGGUCUCAUGGACCAAUACUUCGCACGAAUCGAAACGCUUUCCAACUCGCGCGACCUCGCUCCUCGCAUCCGGUUCAUGUUGCGGGACGUGGUGGAGCUCCGACGCGCGGGCUGGCUGCCUCGCACCGCGGUGUCCGCCGAGGGCCCGGUGCCCAUACAUCAGCUGCGCUCCGACGACGAGCCGCCGCCCCGCCGCGAGCGCGAGCGGGAACGUGACUCUUUGUUCAGGGGCGGUAUGCGCUCGCGGCCUCUGGACGACGUGCUGGCCGGUCUGAGCCUGCAGCCGGCCGCCGCGCUCGUGCCGCCGCCGGACAAACUGUUCGGGAACGGUUUCGCUCCGCCGGCCUUCCGCCAGCGCUCGGCGCCCGGCUACUACCCGCGCUCACAUUACAAGCACCAACAACACCAGCACACGCCCUCCGCGGGCAAGGAGGGCUCGCGCUCCGGCAAGGCUCGUGUGGCGGUGGCAGCGGGCGCUCUGCAAGACGUUCAGAUGCGACCCGCCGCCAACUCUCUCAUGUUCACGGCCAACAGGCUGUCUCGCCCGCCGCCCUCGCAGCUGCCACUCGCCUCCCAAAACGUGCUGACGCCAACAUUCGCCAGUGCUCCGCCUCUUAUGAAAGAGCCCUCUAUCACUAUCAAACCAGCGCCCGACAAAAAGGAUAAACCGAAAAAGGACAAGGGGUUGAACAAGGAGGAGGCCUGUCGCCUUGGCAUCGAAGCGGUGAGUGCGCUGGCUGACAGCGACGAACGCAUCGACCCACCGGAGCCCGAGCACGAGCACGAGCCGACGCUGGCGGCGCCGCUGAGACGACUGCACGACCUCCAGCUGCCCGACAAGUUACUACGGCGCGUCAUCGCCGCGGUGCUGGAGCAUGCGGUCACCGCAGACAUACGACCGCCGGCCGACAACGACACCGAGCCGGAUGGCGACGCCAAUGAAGAAGAUGAACGCGUCACUCGUCUGCUCUGGGCCGCCUGUAGUGUGGUGCGCGCGGUUAAACGAGCGCCGCUGGGGGAGCCGCUCAGGGCGCUCCUACAGGCGCACCAUCCCCACCGCCGCUUACCCGGCCUCCUGGCACACGCCAUCAAACAGAAGUUAAUAUCGCUGUCAGAAGUAGGCACGUGGUGCGAGGGUGGUCAGUACCACCCGUUAUUACUGGAAGUGCUGCAGUCCCUACGAGAACUCGUCGGCCUGGAGCGCCUCCAAGACAUGCUCGAAGAUAGUAAGGUGAACCUAUGCGCCUACGUGUCGGAGCGGGAGGGUGGCGCGGGCGGUCUUGAUGCUCUGGAGGCUCGCGGUCUGGGCGCGCUGGUGCCGCAGCUGCGGGUGCAGGCGGCGCUGGCCCGACAGCUGGCCACGGAGCCGGCUCCGACCGCGCUGUAUCGCUGGAUCAAGGCUAACGUGGAGCCCUCCGUGAGACACAACGCCGCAUUCGUGUCGGCGCUGGUGGCACUGGUCGCGGAGCACGUGACGGCGGCGGCGGGCGGCGCCUCGCCUGACAAGGCUGCGCUCGAGCGUGAGAAAGCGCUGGCCGAGGCCUACGCUCCUCUCCUGACAGCCUUGCUCGAGGGCCGCUCAGAUCUACAGCUUGCGGCCGUGUACGCUGUGCAGGUGCAUGCACACCAUCACCGGUACCCUAAAGGUAUGUUGCUACGUUGGUUCAUGUACCUGUAUAACUUGGAGGUAUGUGAGGAGGACGCUUUCCUGCGCUGGCGCGAGGACGUCACUGAUGCCUACCCUGGUAAGGGAGAGGCUCUAUUUCAGGUGAACACGUGGCUGACAUGGCUUCAGCAGCAGGAGUCCGAGGACGAGGAGGCCGAGGACUGA